UAGCCUCAUUAUUCACACGUUUCCGGUUUGAAACACAACAAACCUGACAUCUGACAUGUAUUUCGAUAAACCUCUGUAAAUCACCACAGGAGUCCUGUCAUUUGAUAAAAAGUCAACAACUGUUUAAAAUGCCACCAAAGUUCGUCAGACAACAUGAUAAUAUGGAUUCUAACCGUGCUAGAAGCGCUGAAACGAGAGCACUUCUUGAUGGAAAUUCAGAUGAAGAAGAUUUCUUCUUGAAAGGACCAAAUGUCAAACCGGGGAAUAUAAGGAGUGAUCCAAAGAUAAACAGAUUACAGGGCCAAGUAAAUGAGGUUAUUGAUGUGAUGCAAAACAAUGUUGCUAAAAUUGUUGACAGGGGAGACAAGCUUGAAGAUUUACAGGAUAAAUCAGAAAAUUUAAGUGACCAUGCAGAUAUGUUUAGAUCAAGAGCUAAAGGCUUACACAGACAAAUGUGGUGGAAAAAUUGUAAGAUGAAAAUAAUAAUAGCUGUGGUGAUUUUAAUUUUACUUGCAGUCAUAAUCAUUCCAAUCAUUGUGAAGAGUUCACAGAACUGAUCAUUGGUGCAGAUAUAAUAAGAUUGGUGAUUUUCGAGACAUUUUAUUUAUUUAUUUCAUUUUACUGUGAUGCCAUUGUUAACAAAACAUUUUAUGUAUAUGUAUGAUUUGUUAUUAUAUGUAAAUUUUGAAUAUACAGUUAUAUUAUG